AUGAAUACGGAAAUUGAUGUGGGAGCCCUCUCGGCUAUGGACACUGUUUUCCUAAGACAUCUUAACUUUUCAGGUAACUUGGCUCUUGGAAAAUCAACGUGGCAAAGCACCUCCUUCGAUUCCACAGUUGGUCCUGAAAAAGCUGUUGACGGUUUAAAUUCAGUUCUAAGUUUUGAUGGAAAACAAUGUAGCAUUUCCUUAAAUGGGCAAACGACAGCCACGUGGUGGGUGUUUCUCGGGGAGAUCUAUAAUAUACAUACUGUCGUUAUCUACCCCAGAACAGGUGGCUUUGUAUGGAAUUCAGCCAAUCAAUUUACGUCUAGAUUUCUUGGAUUUUCUGUGUAUGUUUCCAAUACGACAGACAAAAAUUCAGGGCAUUUAUGUUUCAAAGAUACAGCAUACACGAAAUCAACGAUUCCAGCCGUUGCCAAUAUAUCUUGCCCUGUACAUGGACAAUAUGUCAUCUAUUACAACGACAGGCUUCCGGAUAUUUCUUAUCCUACUGGUUAUUCCAAGUACGCAUUUACUGAUCUUUGUGAAGUCGAGGUUUAUGGUUGUAAAGCAGGAAUGUUUGGUUUAAACUGCCAGAAAAAAUGUAGCGAAAACUGUUUAGUCACAAAUCAGUGCAAAGCCACAACGGGGGAAUGUGAGGAUGGUUGCAAACCAGGUUGGAAAGGACUUUUAUGCAACAAAGUUUGCAAUCUUGGUUACUAUGGUGUUGAUUGUGAAAAAGAAUGUAGUUCCUUUUGUAAGAUAUCACGUGAUUAUAAACACGUGAAUGGUUCCUGUAAAGAGGGAUGUAAGGCUGGUUGGCAAGGACAAAACUGCUUACAAAACCAAUCACAAGAGGAUACUGCUUGGCAGUCCCGAUUUUAUGGAGUUCUUGCUGCUUUAUUUGUGUGUCUAGCAAUCAUUAAAUUGCUAAUUGGUAUUAUCAUCAUGCUGAAAAGAAUGCGAUGGAAAAACGUACGGGGAUUCCUGGUAAGGAGGAGUGUGGAGCCUGUCUGGGAUAUAAACAAUGUCAUCACAUCAAUGGGUCAUUUCUUGAAGACAGUGACGCUGGAUAUGAAGGAGAGCUUUGCAAAACAGGCAUAG